GCGCAUGCGCCGAGCUGAGGGCCCAGUGUUGUCGGCUGGGAAAUGGCGGCCGCGGGCUUGGUCGCGGUGGCCGCGGCGGCCGAGUACUCUGGCACCGUAGCGUCGGGAGGUAACCUCCCCGGUGUUCACUGCGGCCCAAGCUCCGGGGCAGGCCCCGGUUCUGGCCCGGGCUCGUGGAGCCGCUCUCUCGAUCGAGCCCUGGAGGAGGCGGCGGUCACCGGGGUGCUGAGCCUGAGCGGCCGGAAACUGAGGGAGUUUCCCCGGGGAGCGGCCAACCACGACCUGACGGACACCACCCGGGCGGACCUGUCACGAAAUCGUCUUUCAGAAAUUCCUAUAGAAGCAUGUCACUUUGUUUCUCUGGAAAAUCUCAACUUGUACCAAAAUUGUAUUCGGUAUAUUCCAGAGGCAAUUUUAAACCUACAAGCGCUAACGUUUUUAAAUAUUAGUCGGAACCAACUGUCAACAUUACCGGUACACUUGUGUAAUUUGCCGUUGAAAGUCUUAAUUGCUAGUAAUAACAAAUUGGUAUCACUUCCAGAAGAAAUUGGACACCUUAGACAUUUGAUGGAACUUGAUGUGAGCUGCAAUGAAAUUCAAACUAUACCUUCCCAAAUUGGUAACCUGGAGGCCUUGAGAGACCUUAAUGUAAGAAGAAAUCACCUAGUACAUUUGCCUGAAGAGCUGGCAGAGUUGCCUUUGAUACGGUUAGACUUCUCAUGCAAUAAAAUUACCACAAUCCCUGUUUGUUAUCGGAACCUCAGGCACCUACAGAUGAUCACCCUAGAUAACAAUCCACUACAGUCACCUCCUGCACAGAUAUGUAUAAAAGGCAAAGUCCACAUAUUUAAAUACCUGAACAUACAAGCUUGUAAGAUUGCUCCAGAUCUGCCAGAUUAUGAUAGGAGACCAUUGGGUUUUGGCUCCUGCCGUGAAGAACUGUACUCCAGUCGCCCAUAUGGAGCUCUUGAUUCAGGCUUCAAUAGUGUGGACAGUGGUGAUAAGAGAUGGUCAGGGAAUGAACCUACAGAUGAAUUUUCCGAUCUGCCUCUUAGAGUAGCAGAGAUGACUAAAGAACAAAGACUACGAAGAGAAAGCCAGUACCAAGAGAAUCGCGGCAGUUUAGUGGUAACAAAUGGUGGAGUGGAACAUGAUCUGGAUCAGAUUGACUUCAUAGACAGCUGUACCGCAGAGGAAGAAGAGGCCGAGGUGAGACAGCCCAAGGGACCGGACUCAGACAGCCUUAGUUCACAGUUUGUGGCGUAUAUUGAACAACGGCGAAUCUCUCAUGAGGGUUCACCAGUAAAGCCAGUAGCCAUUAGGGAGUUUCAAAAAACAGAAGAUAUGAGAAGAUAUUUACAUCAAAACAGGGUUCCAGUUGAGCCAUCUUCUCUCUUGUCACUAUCAGCAAGUCACAAUCAGCUGUCACAUACAGACCUGGAACUUCAUCGGAGAAGGGAGCAGUUAGUAGAGCGCACUCGGAGAGAGGCUCAGCUCGCUGCCCUGCAGUAUGAAGAGGAGAAAAUAAGGACCAAGCAGAUCCAGAGAGAUGCUGUCCUGGACUUUGUCAAACAAAAAGCAUCACAAAGUCCACAAAAACAGCAACCCCUCCUAGAUGGUGAGUGCCCCUUCCCAUCCAGAAGGUCUCAGCACACUGAUGAUAGUGCCUUGUUAGUGAGUGAUGACAGACCUAAUACCCUAUUAAGUUCACCUACAACAGAAACAGUUCAUCAUUCCUCUGCGUAUGCUUUUCCUGCUGCUAUCCAGAGAAAUCAGCCUCAGCGCCCUGAAAGCUUCCUUUUCCGGGCAGGUGGCAGGGCAGAAACCAACAAAGGUCAUGCUUCACCCCUUCCUCCAUCUGCUGCACCUACCACUGAUUCUACAGAUUCCAUGACAAGACAGAAUUCAAGACAGAGAGAAGAAGAGCUGGAAUUAAUAGAUCAACUACGUAAACAUAUUGAGUACCGGUUGAAGGUGUCUCUGCCUUGUGACCUUGGAGCAGCUCUAACUGAUGGCGUUGUUCUUUGCCAUUUGGCUAAUCAUGUGCGACCUCGAUCUGUCCCAAGCAUUCAUGUUCCCUCACCAGCUGUACCUAAAUUAACAAUGGCGAAAUGCAGGCGAAAUGUGGAGAAUUUCCUAGAAGCUUGCAGAAAAAUUGGUGUACCUCAGGAGCAAUUAUGUUUGCCUCUCCACAUUUUAGAAGAGAAAGGUUUGAGCCAGGUUGCAGUGACGGUCCAGGCUCUCCUGGAACUUGCCCCACCCAAGCAACAGCAGCACCAGUUAUCUGCUGUUUAAGGAUUCCCAAGACCUUAGGCCAUUGGCCUGGCCAAAACAAGGAGCAGGACAACGUGAUUGCUGCUGCCAGCUGUCUGCUUAAACACAGCUCUUAUGUGUUCUCAGAAGGGACUGUUUCCAUGAUUCCUAACAGGAAUAUUUUGCGUCAUUUCUCCAUUUUAGGGGAGGUUAUAUCCAUUUCCAUUGAAUUUUUUUUACGAAGACACCAUUGGUUUUCUCAGAUGAAACUUACUCCGUUACUGAAAACCCGACACCUGACCUGGCUGUGUUUUCCUGGAGAGCAGGCUCAUUUCACACACCAGAAAGCACAUCUUCUGCGUUAGGCGCCAGUAUGCUGUGCCGUUGUUUUUACCUGCUCUCAAGACAGCUGGUCUGCUGGUUUCUAAACUUGGUUGUUCGUUCGAAUCUCCUGGAGUGUUUGUUAAAAUACAGAUUCACAUUCAGGAGGUCUGGGGUAAGGCCUAGGAAUCUGCAUUUUCAAUAACCAUUGCACAUGUUUUUGUUUGAGAAGGAGUUCCGCUCAGUCACCAGGCUGGAGUGCAGUGGCGCGAUCUCGGCUCACUGCAACCUCCGCCUCCCGGGCUCAAGCAAUUCUCUUGCCUCAGCCUCCCCAGUAGCUGGGACAACAGGUGCCCACCACCAUGCCUGGCUAAUUUUUUUGUAUUUUUAGUAGAGAUGGGGUUUUGCCAUGCUGGCCAGACUGGUCUCAAACUCCUGACUGCAAGUGAUCCACCCGCCUCGGCCUCCCAAAGUGCUGGGAUUACAGGCGUGGCCACUGCGCCUGCCCAUUGCACAUGUUUUUCAUGUAGUGGAAAUCACUGUUCAAAGCUAGAUAUUUGUAUGUUUGGUGGGGGAGGGUAAUGGCCCCACUGCAUUUUUCACCCACAUUUAAAAUCAAAAGCUGUAUUAUGAGGAGCUGGACUAUUCUGUCAAAGGCAAAACAAAAAUAAUACAGAGGGCCUAGAUUUUGCAGUCUUUUCUUUUUUUUUUAAGAGUUGGGGUCUCGCCGUGUUGCCCAGGCUGGUCUGCCUUGGCCUCCCAAAGUGCUGGGAUUACUGGAGUGAGCCACUGGGCCUGGCCCAAAUUUUGCAUAGUAAAACAGUGAAACAGAUACAGUUGUAUUUAAGGUCAGUGUUCUAGGCCUCCCUUCAACUCCAGUCCAUCAUAGAGGAUGGUUCUAUGUCAUCCUGUUAUCUAGAUAUUAUAAACAAGCCCUCUAUACACAGGUUCCAAAUCCUUAAUCUGAUAGCACACUGCUGUGUGUCGCCUGCUUUGGUCUCACUGAGCCUCCCUCCCCAUCCUUCCCAGGCUCCUCACCCUCCCCACCCUCCUCAUGCUGCUCCGUGGACACCUGGGCCUGCAGACAUGUUGCAGUCACAGCACAUACACUUCGAGCUCGGGAAAGCCUAGUUUCUUAUAUUUCUUUCAGGUAACUGCCAGUUUCUGUGGCUGAAUUAAAGCACUUAUGGCAUCUUAAAAACAACUUCCUAGCUGUGUGUGGUGGUUCACGCCUGUAAUCUCAGCACUUUGGGAGGCUGAAGUGGGCAAAUCACCUGAAGUUGGGAGUUUGAGAACAGCCUGACCAACAUGGAGAAACCCUGUCUCUACCAGAAAUACAAAAUUAGCCAGGUGUGGUGGCUCGUGCCUGUAAUCCCAGCUACUCGGGAGGCUGAGGCAGGAGAAUCACUUGAACCCAGGAGGCGGAGGUUGUGAUGAGCCGAGAUCGUGCCAUUGCACCCCAGCCUGGGCAACAAAAGCAAAACUCCAUCUCAAAAAAAAAAAAAAUGCGCCCCAUCUGGCUCCACCACUAGUGCCUUUAUAUACUCAAUUAUGGGUGGAGGAAAAGGGCCCAAGGGCUCAACACCACACAGGAGCUUUUAUUCAAGUUUCAGCUAGUUGGGUUUUCCUUCCCCUGCAUUUUGAACCCCUUUUAGUUGUUGGUGAUAUAUUCUGGUGUUCACUGCCUUUGUAAAACAAGUGAAUAAAGUAAGUGGAAGAUAUUAGGGUUGUGUCUCUAUAGUUGUUAACUGUUCUGGAUUUUCUUUACCAAUGCAUCCAUUGGGCAUAAUGUUAUUCCUCUUUUUAUCAGGUAAAUGUAGCAUCUACAAGUAGCUUUGGAUCAAAUCAUGUUGAGUACCUGGUCAAAGUAAUGUUUUCUUCCUUGUUCUUGCAGAGAAACAGAUUCAUCAGAACAUUACCACUUGACCAGGUUUAAAAUUGUGUAACGGCCUGGGCGCGGUGGCUCACGCCUGUAAUCCCAGCACUUUGGGAGGCCGAGGCAGGAGGAUCACUUGAGCCCAGGAGUUUGAGAGCAGCCUGGGCAAUAUAGCAAGACCCUGUCUCCCAAAAAUUGGGGGAAAAAAAAAAAAAAAGCCAGGCAUGGUGGUACAUGCCUGUACUACCAGCUACUCAGGAGGCUGAGGUGGGAGGAUCACUUGAGCCUGGGAGGUCGAGGCUACAGUGAGUCAUGGCUGCACCACUGCACUCCAGCCUGGGCAACAGAGUGAGACCCCAUCUCUCAAAAUAAAAUAAAUUGUAUAACUUAAAACAUCUAAGCUCAAUGCCCAAUCUUAUAGAAUGAAAGUAAAAUGUCUUUAUGUAAGUGCUUAGAGCCAGACCCCAUUAUAUUUAUAGUUCCCAACAGACCCACCAACCCUUAUAUAACUUGUUUAGAAUUUAACUGUGUGUAUUUUUAAACUGUAUUUGUCAGCAUUAAGCCUUAGUAUAGUCUCCAGAUUAUAUGCCACCAGACAUGGAACUCAGCAAAGGACAGGAUUAUUUUUAACAUAUGCAGGUCAGCCUGGCCAACAUGGUGAAACCCCGUCUCUACUAAAAAUACAAAAACUAGCCGGGCGUGGUGGUGGGCACCUGUAAUCCAGUGACUCAGAAGGCUGAGGCAGGAGAAUCGCUUCAACCUGGAAGGCGAAGGUUGCAGUGAGCCGAGAUCACGCCACUGCCCUCCAGCCUGGUUGACAGAGUGAGACUCCUGUCCUCACCCCUCCCCCCAAAAAAAACACAAUACCAAAAACAUACUAUGCAAGGAAUAAUUCUAGAAGACGUUACAUAAUGAAAUACUUGCCAUGUUUGCAAGUAAUUUUCCCAUAGGAAUAAAUGGAAAUUUCAGCUUAUUUCAAAUUUUGCACAUAUUAUGAAACCUUAUUAAUGUAUUUUUAUCAAACUAAAUGAGAUUUGUAUUUGAAUUGUUAGGAAAAACUGGGUGUGGUUUUGGCUGAUAAUUGAAGGAAAAAUAUCAAAUACAUUGAAUUUUUUUUUUUUUCAAACCCUCUGAUGUUUUCAAACCCUCUGCAGAGGUAUGAAGGUAUGAAUUUCUUUUUGGUGUCAAGAUGCAAAAACAAAUCAUGAUGCUUUUGUUGGGAGAAUUUUGUAUUCAGUAUUUUGUAUGUACCUUUUUUUAAAAAAUUGGAAAGCACAAUUUGGUUUAACAUUUAGCUUCACUUGACUCCAGUGUAAGAUGAAGAUGACCUUGUCACGGCUCCCCUGACCUGAAGCAGAGCCCUUCCCAUCACUGACAGUGUCGGCAGCUGAGAGCCGCCCCAGCAGAGCCCUUCCCAUCAUUGACAGUGUCGGCAGCUGAGAGCCGCCCCAGCAGAGCCCUUCCCAUCAUCGACAGUGUCGGUAGCUGAGAGCUGCCCCAGCAGAGCCCUUCCCAUCACUGACAGUGUCAGUGGCUGAGAGCCGCCCCAGCAGAGCCCUUCCCAUCACUGACAGUGUCAGCGGCUGAGAGCUGCCCCAGCAGAGCCCUUCCCAUCACUGACAGUGUCGGCAGCUUGAGAGCCGCCCCAGCAGAGCCCUUCCCAUCAUUGACAGUGUCAGUGGCUGAGAGCUGCCCCAGCAGAGCCCUUCCCAUCACUGACAGUGUCGGCAGCUGAGAGCCGCCCCAGCAGAGCCCUUCCCAUCAUUGACAGUGUCAGUGGCUGAGAGCUGCCCCAGCAGAGCCCUUCCCAUCACUGACAGUGUCGGCAGCUGAAAGCCCCCCCAGCAGAGCCCUUCCCAUCACUGACAGUGUCGGAGGGCUGAGAGCCCCCGCAGCAGAGCCCUUCCCAUCACUGAUGGUGUCAGCGGCUGAGGUUCCCCCCAGCAGAGCCCUUCCCAUCACUGACAGUGUCGGUGGCUGAGAGCCCCCGCAGCAGAGCCCUUCCCAUCACUGACAGUGUCGGUGGCUGAGAGCCCCCGCAGCAGAGCCCUUCCCAUCACUGACAGUGUCGGUGGCUGAGAGCCCCCGCAGCAGAGCCCUUCCCAUCACUGACAGUGUCGGUGGCUGAGAGACCCCGGCCCAGCAGAACCAUUCCCAUCACUGACAGUGUUGGCAGCUGAAAGCCCCCCCAGCAGAGCCCUUCCCAUCACUGACAGUGUCGGUGGCUGAAAGCCCCCCCAGCAGAGCCCUUGCCACCUACAGAGAUUUCCUGUCAGCAGUUUCCCACAAUUUCAGACUGGUAAUCUGUGUUUAGCACUCCAGUGUUCUCUUGUAAUAGCCAGGUCUGGAAACGACCCAUGGGAAGAGGGGCCUUUGUACUCUGCUAGAACACAGAGCAUAGUAGUAGAUCACUUUCCUGAAGAGCUUUUUAAAAUACAGCUAAUCUAGGAGUUUGCGAUUUCUCUACUUUCUACAGCUCAGCGGUGACUAAUGAUGUGUGACUACGCUGACGAGUUUGAUGAAUUCAUAAAAACUAAGCACUUAAAUGGUUGUAGAAAUGAAAACAUGGAUAUUCAGAAGCCUUUCUAUAUACACAGUGCAGUGAGAUGGUUUACAGCAAAUUCCGUUUUAUUUCUGAAAAUGUUGUAAACAUGUAAUUAGUGAAAGAUUUUGUAAAACAUUGGCCUAUAUUUGUAUGUCUGUAAAUACAUUGCAUAAGUUCUAAGUAUAAAUAUGUCAGUAUCAUGUAUGUUAUUUUAAAUUGCCUGUAUGCCACUUUAUAUGUUGACAUUAAAAUAAAAGCCAACACUUAAGUGGCAUGUAAUAAAAGCUGAUUGGAGAGUG